AAAAGGGACAUAAGUCACAUUUUUUUUUAGUGCCGUUGUAACUUUGAACUUUAGGAACUAUUGUAAGUCAAGGAUUAUCUCUAUUUGUAGGAAAUGUACAUUCCCAGUGACGCUUAUAACGGUCUUUUGUUUUUUUAAUUUGUAGUUUUCAUCAUGGGGGACAUGAAAACUCCUGACUUCGACGACCUGCUGGCUGCUUUCGACAUUCCUGACCCAACCAGCCUUGACGCCAAGGAAGCCAUCCAGACCACCGGCGAGGAGAGCGACCACCACCUCAAGCAGACAGGCAUCGGGAUAGACGAAAACACCGCGUUGUCCCAUGCCGCCCCUCCGGCCUCCGACGUUCCCGUCGUGAGCGUCAUUGUGAAAAACACUUGUCGCCAGGAGUCGUUCGAGGCGGAAAAGGAUGGCAAUCACCUCGCCCCGGGCCUGUUGCACAACGGAUUCCGUGGCUCGGAUCUGCCCCUGGAGACUCACGGCUAUAGGAAAUUCGAUUCGGCCUUCGUCAACGGGGACGGCUUGAGGAAUUACCCGGAGAAGUUGGAACCAGCCAAAUCGGAACCUUUACCGACUUUUAGUCAGUUCAGUCCUAUCUCCAGCCCGGAGCCUGACGACGUCCUGAAAGAAAACAGUAUUGUAGACAAACCUAAACUUGCCCAAACUCCUUAUUUCCCACCUCAUCCCAUGUAUAUUCCGUCAGGAUCGUCCGUCUUAGAUUUGCUAAGUAGGACCCUGCCGGAGCCGGAAUUCAGUAGGUUUAUCUCCACUGGCCCAUCGCUGCUAGAUCUCUUAAGUAAGAAACUGCCCGAGCCAGAACUGAGCAUGUUUGAUCAAUAUUGUAAAAGAGAACCGAAGAUCGACAUCCACGGCCUUCAAGAGAACCGAGCCGACAUCGCCACCAAGAGAGAGCGCGAGAAGAGUCCGGAGAAAUGUGACGGGGCUGGCAAAGAUCUCGCGGACACCCACGGUUCCUUUGGCGAAGGGCUUCCUCCUGGCAACUUCCAUGGCAAUAACCUGGGGGAAGGCAAAGGUUCUGUGCCUGAGAUGACCUUUUCUUCCUCCGUCCCACCUCGCCAGCGUCUCAAGCCCACUCACUCCAAGCUGUCCUCUUGCGUCGCUGCCCUGGUAGCCCUCCAGGCCAAAAAGGUGGCGGGUAUAUCGAAGGAGGAUCAGGUGAAUGUGACCAGAGAGCCUCCCACCUCCUUUAAGGAUGGCAUGAAGGGGAGCCCCAAAAUGCCCAAAUCGCCCAAGAGCCCCAGAAGCCCGCUGGAAAUAGUGAGAAAGGUCAACAAGCAGCCCGAUUCUCCCCGGAGCGUGUGCAGCGACAGCAGCGGCAAAGGUUCUCCUUCGGUGGCCACCGGCUCCCCUCCGGCCAUUCCCAAAGUGCGGAUCAAGACCAUCAAAACCUCUUCGGGUGAAAUUAAAAGGAUGGUCACAAGAAUCUUGCCCGAAGUGGACGACCCGGGUAAAUCACCUCAUGAUUCGCUUGCAGACGACUCAAUGGUCGAAUCCUUCCCUUCUCCAGAAGCGGCCUCUUCCCUGGAAGCCGAGCCGGGCAAAGAUUUUGCAAAAGCAACCGUCCCGGAACCAAAUUUAGCCAGCCCCCAAAUCAACCCUUUGAUUUCAGACAUUCCCUUAAGCGGCAUCCCCAGUGCGUUGCACUUGGCCAACAGCGGGACGACAAAAGUAGGCCUUGCGGGACAGCCGUUGAGCAAAAAGCAGCAGCCGGGCACCGCGGCCCAGCCUUGCAACCCCGCCAGUCUCCUCCCCAAGGCCGUGCACCUGGCCAAUCUCAACCUGGUGCCCCACAGCGUUGCUGCGUCGGUGGCGGCCAGGUCCAGCGGCGUGCAGCGGCGCGGGCAGUCCCAACCGACCCAGGUGACCGUGCCGCUGAUGCAGCAGGUCAAGAAGACCGCCCCGCUCGUGGUUGAGGCGUUCAACAAAGUGUUGCAUGGUGCCAACCCAGUGCCAAUCUACACGCCCAACCUCAGCCCUCCCCCCGAGAGCAGUAUACACGUCCCUGCCGCCGGCUACGGCUGCCUGGAAUGUGGCGAUUCGUUUGCCUUAGAAAAAAGCCUGACGCAACAUUACAGCCGGAGGAGCGUGCACAUCGAAGUCAUGUGCACUCAGUGCUCAGCCACGCUGCUCUUCUUCAACAAGUGCAGCCUACUCAAGCACGCGCGGGAUCACAAGAGCAAAGGCUUCAUCAUGCAGUGUUCGCAGCUUCUCAUGAAACCCAUCAACGUAGACCAAAUGUUCUCGCCGUCCCCCACCAGUUCGUCGGCCUCGUUGAGCCCGCCCACUGCACCGUUGUCCUCUCUGCCCCAGAAGCCCUGCGCUGCCCCGGGAAGCGGGGCGGGCGGCACGAGCGCUACCCAGCCGGCCCUGCCUCUGUACACAGACCCUUUGAGACUUAUUCGCUAUGGAUUAAAGUGUUUUGAAUGUAAUAAACAAGCCUUGGACUAUAUUGCCCUAGCCGUACAUUAUCAGAGGACAUCGGACGAUAAUGAGGGCCUGACAUGCCAAGUGUGUCAGAUGCUGUUGCCGAACAAAUGCAGUUAUUGUGCUCAUCAAAGAAUCCACACCCAUAAAUCUCCCUAUUGCUGCCCUGAGUGCGGGGCCAUUUGCCGGUCAGCCUACUUCCAAACCCACGUCAAAGAGAACUGCCUGCAUUACUCCCGCAAAGUCGGUUACAGGUGCAGCCACUGCGGGGUGGUUUUCAUGUCCCAGGCUAUGCUGAAAGUCCAUAUUCACGAGAAGCACUGCGAAGUCUUCCACAAGUGUUCGUUCUGCCCCAUGGCCUUCAAGUCUGCAGACAGCACCACCGCGCACAUUAACAGCCAGCAUCCUGCAGAGCCUCACAAGACAUCUCAGGUGAUCUACAAAUGUUCCUGUGAGACCGUCUUCAACAAGAAGAGACUUCUGCAAGAUCACUUCCAGCAAAACGCCAACCGGCUGAUGGUGGGCGUGUUUAAGUGCCCCCACUGCCAACUGGUGUAUAUGCAGAAGCUGCAGCUAAUGCAGCAUGUCAAGAGCAUCCACGGAGUCCCAGAAAAUCCCGAGGACUUCACUAGCGCUCGGCCGAAGGCUGAGACGACCGCCACGAGCAGUCCCGCCCUUCCCACCUCCAAGGAACUGUCCAUCGUCAACGGUACUUCUCAGCCGAGCUCUUUGCCCGCGAAAGGCGUCAGCCCGGAAUCCAAGCCAAAAGCCAAAACGGGCAGUUGGACUUGCCAGGUGUGCUCGCAGUGGCUUCCUGAUCGUGAAACCUACGUGUCCCACAUGAGGAAAAGCCACGGAAAGGUAUUGCACAGACGAAAUCCAGACGUUUCCACAGCCAUCGAUGCUGGAGAGUCACAUGAGCCUCAUGCACGGCAUAAAAAAUCCAGAUGUUUCCCAGAUAUCCAAAGACUUGACAAAAACGAAAUCUCCAAAGAGAGUAACCGCCGAUGGCCCGAGUCCGAUGGAAGCGGCCGCAUCCGGAUCAGACGAUCCCCCAGCAAAGAAACUGAAGGCAGCCCGCUGGAAAUGUGCAAAGUGUGGCUUUGCGACAGCCACCGAGACUGAAUUUCUGGAUCACAUACCUCGACACAAGUCAGACAGUUCCACUUACCAGUGCCUGCACUGCGGCUUGUGUUACACUUCGCACCUGUCUCUGAACAGGCACCUCUUUAUCGUUCAUAAAGUCAAAGAUCCGGAAGAAGAACAAGGGGAGGAGGAGGAGGAAGAAGAGGAGGAGGAAGAAGAGCCAGAACAAGAGAGUGCAAAAAAGAUUCCGGAAAUGGAAACGAGAGAGAACGGACUGGGUGAAGCCAACAGCGAGACCAGCCACAGCAGGGCGAAAGGAGACCCUUCCAAGGACAGAGACUCGGAGCAGCGCGACCCCGCGCCCUGCAGCAAAGAGAAAAGCAGUUCCCAGAACAAACCCACAAAGUCUCCCUCUAUUUAAGAGUCCUCUCA